UACCGGCUGCUUAUCCCCGUCCCGUCUCCCUGUAUCUCGCGUAGCAGGCGGCGGCGCCUCUCUCGCCCCUUUCCUGGUGAGCAUUUCCAGCUCACCCCUCGUCGUCUCCAUCGAGCACUUCGAUCCGUCCUCUUUGCUAUCAAGCGAGCGGCCGCCGCUGCUCUUUGGUUUUUCAUUGGAGCAUAGAUGACAAAUGCCGCCUCCGUGUGGAGGAGCAGGCCCUUCUACCUGGUCCUUUGCAAGGUGUUGCUACGACACUUCGUCAACUUUUUUUUCAUCUUUAAAAGGAGAGUAAUUAAUUAAAUAUUGUAUCUCGUGCGCGCUUGGACUUCGAGUUCGAGUCCCCGAUGUCAGUCCAUAGGCAUCCGCAUCUGUCAACAAAAGCCCCCCACCCCCGUCCCAAUCUACGUCUUCCAUCCUCUUCGCCGCCGCUUUGCGCGCCGUCUGGUGGGAGCCAUCUUCGCCGCUGCGGUUUUGCUUGCCCUCCUCUUGUUCUGUUCUGUGCAGUUGAAGGCGAACAAGCCGACGAUGCAACUUGAUGAUCAUGAGCGAGAGCGAGGUAUCAAGCUCCUUUACGCUCUUGAUCGCAAAGUUUGGGAGGUGAAGGUGAACGCCAUCCAAGAGUCCACAACCUUGGACACCCUCACCGUUGACGAGCUUUUCAGCAAGCUCAAGUCCUCCAAGCUUGACAACCAGCUUCAAGCCAAGCUCCGCAACCCCUCGGCUCCCUCCGUGGCUUUGGUCUCAGGUAAGACAAGCUCCAGUUCUUCUUCUAACCCUUCACUUGGUUUUUCCUUGUCUGCACUUGUGAGUGUCACAAAGGAGCAGCUGGAGUGUCUCGGUGAUGAUGAGUUGGCUCUCAUCAUCGGUCGGUUCUCUCGGUUCCACAAUAACCGAUUGAACCGCCGGCGCGGUGGUGGCCCGAAGGAAGGCUGCUUUGGUUGCGGUGAUCCGGACCACUACAUUGCCAGCUGUCUGAAGAAGAACAAGCAAGACGCCGGCAAGCGCUCCUCCGACCGCUUCUACACCAAUAAGUAUGACUCCAGCAAGCACAAGGACAGGCGCGAGUACUCCUCCGGCAAACCAGAGCACAAGGCCAAGAAGUUCGAUAAGGAGUACAUCAAGCGCAAGUACAUCAAGAAGAAGAAGGCAGAGAAGCACGCCUUCCUUGCCUCCCUCAGUGACCUCGAGGACUCGGACGCCAAAGCAUCAUCAAGUGAUGAUGAGGCCGAGACCAAGAUCGAAGAAAAGCUCAAUGGGCUUUGCUUCUUCGCCGACGCCAAGCAUGGAGGCUUUUGCACCAUGGCCCUUGGAGAUGAAGCGUCCGGCAAUGGCAACAUGUUUAUAUUGGCAUAUCUUAUUUCAUUUGAUCAUCUUGAGUUUUGUGCAAGCACUUGUACCUUGUUGACAUGAUACUACUUAGAGCAUGGUUUCAUUCCGUUUGCUAUAAACUAGAAGCUCAUGCAUUGAACUUUUGUUGCAUUCAUGGCAUGAUUCAAGGGGAGUUUUACAUCCAUGUGCUCUAA